UGCUGAAAAGGGCGAAGCAGGUCCGCGAGGACUCGGCAAGACCGGGACUCGGGUCGCGCUCGGGCGGCAUGACCUCCACGUGGCCGCCGCCGCCGCUCCUCCUCCUCCUCGUGCUCGCAAGGUGCGUGACGUCCGCCUACGAAGACGACUACGAGGACGUGACGGUCCAGCAGAUGUUAGCGUCCAGAUCCCAGCAGUCGGACACCACACAGAUCCUCAACGGGCUCCUCAAGGAGUACGACCGCAAGCUCAGGCCCGACAUUGGAGUGAAGCCAACGGUCAUCGACGUGGACAUAUUUGUCAACAGCAUCGGACCCGUGUCCUCCAUUAACAUGGAAUACCAAAUCGACAUCAUCUUCGCGCAGACGUGGACCGACAGUCGCCUGCGCUACAACAGCACCGUGAAGCUCCUGACGCUCAACAGCAACAUGCUGGGCCUCAUCUGGCUGCCCGACACCAUCUUCCGGAACUCCAAGAACGCCGACGCCCACUGGAUCACCACGCCCAAUCAGCUGCUCCGAAUAUGGAACGACGGCAAGAUACUUUACACUUUAAGGCUCACCAUCAACGCCGAGUGCCAGCUGCAGCUGCACAACUUCCCCAUGGACCAACACUCGUGUCCGCUCGUCUUCUCCAGCUACGGGUACCCUCAAGACGAGAUGGUCUACAAGUGGAGGAGGAACUCGGUGGAGGCGGCCGACCAAAAGUCCUGGCGCCUCUACCAGUUCGACUUCACGGGCAUCAGGAACACCACCGACAUCAUCAAGACCACAGCAGGCGACUACGUGCUGAUGACGGUGUACUUCGAGCUCAGGCGGCGCAUGGGUUACUUCACCAUCCAGACGUACAUCCCGUGCAUCCUCACCGUAGUCCUGUCCUGGGUCUCCUUCUGGAUCAAGAAGGACGCCACGCCCGCCAGGACCGCCCUGGGCAUCACCACGGUGCUGACGAUGACCACGCUGAGCACGGUGGCCAGGACGUCGCUGCCGCGCGUGUCCUACGUGACGGCCAUGGACCUUUUCGUCACCGUCUGCUUCCUCUUCGUCUUCGCCGCCCUGAUGGAGUACGCCACCUUGAACUACUACUCCAACAGCGCCCGCAGGCCGCGGUGCAUGGACAGGAAGCGGCGUAACUACUUGGUCCUGGACGCGCGGCGGCGGCCGCCCCCUCACACGGUGGUGGCCCUGAACAACUCGACGUACUGGCAGGACUUGGACGACACGUGCGCCUCCCGCUGUCUGGACGGCAAAGAUUGCGCCGCCUUCUUCUGCUGCUACGACGACUGCAAGGACGGCGCGUGGCGGAGGGGCCGCGUCCGCAUCGACCUGCUGGAGCUGGACGCCUACUCCAGGGUCUUUUUCCCCACCUCCUUCCUGCUGUUCAACGUGGUCUACUGGGUGGGGUAUCUCUACCUUUAGCGCCACCUGGCGAUGACAUCGCAGAGCAGCUGAAGACGGCCGUACGCUGGGGCCGCGUUUGGGAUCGCUCGCUAGCCAACAUAUCGCGGUUUUGUUUUGUUUUUUCAACUUUUUGCACCAAGUAGCAGGUUUAAAAAAUACUCCUCUAAGUAACAUGAGCAACUUCAAAUUCCAAACGCGCGAAAAAAAAAAAUAUAUAUAUUUUGACCUGGUUCCAGAUUGUAUGCAGCACAAUAUACCGGUGUAAGCUUUAAGCUAGGAUAGGGCAAGAUGGCGAUCCUACGUAGUCCAGCCACGCUCGAACCCGGACUCAAACCCACGCUAAUCGCGAUAACUCUCGUGUAGCAGCAAGCGCCACAUCUACUGAUCGCGUACAGCUAAAGGAGUUACUGUAAUUUCCGGCCUACAAGCCGCGACUUUCCACCCUAUGGUUUAUGCGGUGAUGCGGUUAAUUUCUGGAUUUUUUUUUUUUUCUAACGGCCGCAAGGGGGCGCUCGAGAUAAAAGGGUUAAAAGAUCGGUGGAAUAUAUGUGCCGAGGAAGUGACUUUUACAGUCCCUGAUAGCGCUGCGCUAGCAUUAGCGCUGUGCUAGUGUGUUGCUGUUGUGUUUACUGGAGCGUCUCAUUAAUAUUUACUGCCAGGUUUUAUUUUGACCGGCCCUUAGCGCUAACAUUAACGCUAGCAUUAGUGCCCCGCUAGCAUUAAACUCUUUCUGUGUAUCGUCUUUCUUUGUAAAUAUCUCGUGCUUUAACGUGGGUUUCAAUGUGGCACUUGCGGCCUUUACACGACUGCGGCGUAAGUAUGUACCAAAUGGUAUUUCCCUUACAAAUGUACUCGUUGAGGCGCUCUGUAGGCCGGGAAUCACGGUACCAAGUGAGCUAAAUAGCUAGCUAAAGUCAGAAAUAGCUAAAAUACCUAGCUAACAUGGGAUUUAUGGUUAAAAAUAAUAAUAAUACCUUAAAUUCAAAUAGUAGCCUACUUAAAGUUCAACACCCUCCUGAGAACGUCCACUGGUUUUGUUUACUUACAAAAUGAAAGGUUAUCAGGGUAUGUAGCUAGCCGUGUUAAUAACUAGCUAAUAGUAAACAGAACUUUAAAAUGUAUCACUUCUAGUCAAAAUCAUUUCAUUUCAAAUCGUAUUUACCUGAGAGUAUGUACAGUUAGCAUUGAUUUUCUUUUAAAUUGUGGAUUUUUUGUUUGUUUUUUUUCAAUUAUGACCUCCGUUUCAACAUUUACGAUAUAUUUAAAGUGGAUAUUUUCAAUGAGCUCCCGAUUGUUUACGCCUAAAACAUGCUCUCUUCUUCCUGCAUCCCGAACCGCAGUACAACACGUCUGCCCCAGCAUCAAAUUUCAGGGCAAAUUACCCGCCGUGCGUUCUGAGAACGAUGAAGCCAAAUGAACGGCGCGCCGGAGGAGAUGCCCUAGCCAAGGUAGCGUGGAAUGCGUUUUGGAACGUCCAGAUGAGCCCGCGUGCGGAACCCGAACGCAGAAUCUCCCCUGAAUCUCCCUCGGUUACAUCCGGAGAGUUGAAGUAGGUCACCGACAAUUACAGACAAACGACGGAGGGGAGGCGGCUACACUUGAUAGCCGCUUGAUCAGUCCUACCUACGGGAAACGGUUAGCAUUCAUCUACCGCGCGUGCCCGUCUUCAAACAGCAAAACUGCGAAGGCUCGUCAGCGACGUUACAGUCCGACGAAGGACGUUCAAACCGUUCUCAGUGCCUUUACGUCCUUUGCUCACCACCCUCGAGAGAAGAAAAUAAAAUCCAGACCAGGAGGAAAAGUUUGCACCUGGCCCGGCUUCGUCACGCCGUAGCGUCCUUCGAAGUUCAUCUUUUAACCGACUUUCAGGGAUCGUUGGGCCUGAUUCCCGCAAUGUUCAUAAGAAUUCAAGAAUAGAAACGUUAAAAAAAAAAAAAAAAAAAGAUAACGUCAAAUGACA